AAAUAAUUCUAAGAUGAAAAGGAUGUAGAGUAAAGAAGACAUCAUAAAAGAUUAAUACAUGAAGACUUUAACAUGUUUCUUAUAAGAUAGUACUCUUUAUGAUUGCUUAUCUAUUAAUAAUUAAGUCACAGUAAUAGAUUAGUCAUUCUCUUUAUUUGAUGUUUUUAAUGUCUUUAUUGAUUCAUAUAUUGAUGAAGUAUUGUUUUGGAAUCCAGAUGUAGCUUAUUAUGAUGGAGUAUUCACUUAAACUGAUUUGAUCAGAAUCAUUCUUAAAUGUUAUCAAAACAUUCUUAAUGGUGUUCCGAAUGGUAAAAUUUUUAGAAUAUCUUAGGUAGUUUGGGGAAAUAGUAAAAGUUAAGUUUAGCCUAUUAUGGAAGAAGAGGAUGAAGAUAGAACUUCUACUCCUAUCCAUAAUGCUUAAGUAGUAGGCUAGGAUUAAAUUAAUAAGUUGCUUAUAGAUUUAAAGACUAUAUCUGUUAGAGAUUGGUUUAAUUCAUAUGGAGAAAAUCUUCAUUAAAGUAAUCUUAUUAAAGCAGAUAUGGCUGAUAAUCUAAAUGAUGCCAUGAAAAAAAUACUUAAGUAGGGUGUAACUAGAAUUGUAGUUAUUGAAUCUGAAUCUAGAGUUAUUGUAGGCAUUCUAUAAUAAAAAGAUAUUUUGGCAUUUCUUGUUAAAGGAUUUAGUUAAUAUUUCCAUUUAUAAUUAUCAUCUAAACCACAUAGACUUGAAGUCCAUCAAGAUAAUAAUAAUCAUCAAUCAGAAUAACAUGAACUUGAAAUCAGCUAUUUUUCUGAUAGAAUACUUCUAUUAAAUGAUAAACUAUCAUUUGAUACCAAUGUAUAUGAGUAAAUUUUUCAACUUAUUCUAGUGUCUUUUAUUAAUUAAUUUAUGUUUUCAAAAGAAAUGCUAUUCCUAUUGUAGAUGCUAAUAAUUAGUAUUUAGGAUUGAUUGAUAGAAGAGAUUUUUUAUUCAUUCUUAAAUAUCAAGUCUAUGACAUGGUAUGACUCAACAUUAAGAUUAGCUUCAUAGAUAAGCCAUUGAUUUAUUGAAUUUUAUUAGAAUUGAAAAAUCUAAGUAUCCUGGCUUCUCUAUUUGUAACAAAGAACUAUUUCAUAUGAAACAAACUUUAAAAGAAGUAUUUUCUUCAUUUAUCAAAGGUUGUUGAAAACUUGCUACUUUCAUCUAGAGGUAGUCUAGUCUGUCUAAAUGAAAAAAAAGAACCUAUUUCCACACUUUAAAUGUCUGAUCUCUUCAAAAUAUGUUUAGAUGAUAUUGAAAUAGAAUGA